AUGGUUGCCUUCUCUUCUUUCUUGCUUGCUCUUAGCAGCGCUUCUGCGGUCAUCGCCUCGCCUCUCGCCCUCAUUCUCGAUGCAAAGGCCCGCCACGAGACAACCAGUCUGAGCACUCGCUCCACUCAACCCGGAACUGGUUACGACAAUGGCUACUUCUACUCCUUCUGGACUGAUGGCCAAGGACAAGUUACUUACAACAAUGGCCCUGGUGGCCAGUACAGCGUACAGUGGAACAACGUGAACAACUUCGUAGCUGGCAAGGGACGAAACCCCGGCACUACCCAGCCCUUCACCUACAGCGGCACCUGGAACGCCCAAAACGUCAACUCUUACAUCUCCGUGUACGGCUGGACCCGUAACCCUCUUGUCGAAUACUACAUCGUCGAAUCCUACGGCUCCUAUAACCCUUCAUCUGCUGCUCAGAUCAAGGGUUCCAUCACAAUCGACAAUGGCACAUACGAUAUCCUGCAAACCACCCGCUACAACCAGCCCUCCAUCGACGACACCGCUACAUUCCAGCAAUUCUGGUCCGUCCGCCGUCAAAAGCGCGUCGGCGGUACCGUCACAAUCCAGGCCCAUUUUGAUGCUUGGGCCAAAUACGGUCUCCAGCUUGGUCAGCACAACUACCAGAUCCUUGCUACCGAAGGUUACCAGAGUUCUGGUUCGGCGACGAUUACUGUUCAGUAA